UCGCGCGCUGCUUGCCUGCCUGCCUGCCUGCCUGCCUGCCUCGGUCUCCGCUGUUCCAGGGGCGGGUGGGGUGGGCUGAGCCCGGGCCGCCGCUGCCGCGGCCGCCGGGGAGAGGCCAAGAGCGGAGCUAGCGCGGGUCCUGGAAGAGAGCGCGGCUGCCGGGCGCUCGGUCCCAGUCCCGGUCCCGGUGGAAGCCAGGGGCGCGCGGCAAUGUGAGCCAUGAGCGCGACGUGGACGCUGUCCCCCGAGCCGCUGCCGCCGUCGACGGGGCCCCCGGUGGGCGCGGGCCUGGACGCGGAGCAGCGCACUGUGUUUGCCUUCGUGCUGUGCCUGCUCGUGGUGUUGGUGCUGCUGAUGGUUCGCUGCGUGCGCAUCCUGCUCGACCCCUACAGCCGCAUGCCCGCCUCGUCCUGGACCGACCACAAGGAGGCGCUUGAGCGCGGGCAGUUCGACUACGCGCUGGUCUGAGCGGUGCGGCGCCCCCGGCCGGCCGGCCCUCCGCGGGGUCUCUCUCCCAGGGCUGAUCCGACGGGGCGCCGCCAGGCCUGGAAGGCGCUCUGGCUCCUGCCCCCGAGCCAGCAGCCUGAGAGGGGAGGGAGCUAGGAAGAGUCCAACCCCUCCCUGCCCAGACCCCUCCUAUCUUCCUUCCUGGCCAGGCCGGAGCCCCACUUCGUGCCUUUAACCCUCCCUGUCCUCUCUCCCUAACUCGCAACCUGGCUGGACCCCGACUCUAAAGCCCGGGUGGGAAGAAGACCUCCACCCCUCCGCCCCACAGCGUGAAGGUGGCUUUGCUAUUGUCCUGCCGCUGAGCAUGAGUGUCAUGUCCGCUCCUGGAUUCUGGAACCCCCGUGUCCCUUGCCCUCCCUCCUCUGUCGUCUGGCCAUCCUCACUCCCCCGCCGCCCGCCCCCGCCCGCCCCCCUAAGUGUUGAGCCCCUUCUCAGGCUCUAGCUCUGCGGGGUAGGCUGUCCUGAGCCCACGGGGUGGCCGCUGCAUACCAAUAUGCCCUGUGCGGCCUGCCCCGGAGACAAAGCCUGAAGAGCGACAAUGGCUGCAGUAUCCAGGAUGCGUGGCGCCUUCCGUGGAGGAAGAGCAUGGACAGGCUUCCUCCUGUCCCUCCUGCCCCCAGGCCAGGCCCCAGUUCAGGUCAGCACCCACUUCCUCUGUCAGCACCUCCACCCACUGGCCCUCCUGCCACCUCCCCCUGACCCCUUCCCCCCACCCUCCCCAGGCCUUCUCACGCCUCCCUGCCUCUGAGCCUGGUGUUAAUAAAAGCUUUUAUUGAGUGCU